CAGCCUCUCAGUCCUCUUCUCAGCUCUCACUCCACUCCAGUCCUCAGAGCAUCCAAGAAACCAGUCAUCUCAUCAGCGCUUGCCUUGCCUGCCGCGCUCCAUCCCUGAGCAGUCAAUGGCAGUGCACAGCGGAGUGAACAAGCACGCGGUGGCGCCGAUGGAGGUCUCGGUGGAGGCCGGCAACGCCGGGGACGCCGCGUGGCUGGACGACGACGGCCGCCCACGCCGCACCGGCACGUUCUGGACGGCCAGCUCCCACAUCAUCACCGCCGUCAUCGGCUCCGGCGUGCUGUCCCUGGCCUGGGCGAUCGCGCAGCUCGGCUGGGUCGCCGGCCCCGCCGCCAUGCUCCUCUUCGCCUUCGUCACCUACUACACCGCCACGCUGCUCGCCGAGUGCUACCGCACGGGCGACCCGGAGACGGGCAAGCGAAACUACACCUACAUGGACGCCGUCCGCUCCAACCUCGGCGGCGCCAACGUCGUGUUCUGCGGCGUCAUACAGUAUGCCAACCUCGUCGGCGUUGCAAUCGGGUACACCAUCGCGUCGUCGAUCAGCAUGAAGGCGAUCAGGAGAGCAGGGUGCUUCCACACCCAUGGACACGCUGAUCCCUGCAAGAGCUCCAGCACCCCGUACAUGAUCCUCUUCGGCGUCGUGCAGAUUCUCUUCUCCCAGAUACCAGACUUCGAUCAGAUUUGGUGGCUAUCCAUUGUCGCCGCAGUCAUGUCCUUCACCUACUCUUCCAUCGGACUCUCCCUCGGCAUCGCACAAACCAUUUCUAAUGGUGGGUUCAUGGGCAGCCUCACCGGCAUCAGCAUCGGCGCCGGCGUCACCUCCACGCAGAAAAUCUGGCACACCCUGCAGGCCUUCGGGGACAUCGCCUUCGCCUACUCCUUCUCUAACAUCCUCAUCGAAAUCCAAGACACGAUCAAGGCGCCGCCACCAUCGGAGUCGAAGGUGAUGCAGAAGGCAACGCGUCUCAGCGUGGCGACGACCACCAUCUUCUACAUGCUGUGCGGAUGCAUGGGGUACGCCGCGUUCGGCGACGCCGCGCCGGACAACCUCCUGACAGGUUUCGGCUUCUACGAGCCAUUCUGGCUGCUCGACGUCGCCAACGUCGCCAUCGUCGUGCACCUCGUCGGCGCGUACCAGGUGUUCUGCCAGCCCAUCUUCGCCUUCGUGGAGCGCCGCGCCGCCGCGGCGUGGCCGGACAGCGCCUUCAUCGCCCGGGAGCUCCGCGUGGGCCCCUUCGCGCUCAGCGUGUUCCGCCUGACAUGGCGGUCGGCGUUCGUGUGCGUCACCACCGUGGUCGCCAUGCUGCUGCCGUUCUUCGGCAACGUGGUGGGGUUCCUCGGCGCCGUCUCGUUCUGGCCGCUCACCGUCUACUUCCCCGUCGAGAUGUACAUCAAGCAGCGCCGCGUGGCACGCGGCAGCACCAAGUGGAUUUGCCUGCAGACGCUCAGCAUCAGCUGUCUCCUUGUUUCCAUUGCCGCUGCAGCAGGCUCCAUAGCUGACGUCAUCGACGCCCUCAAGGUCUACCGGCCGUUCAGCGGUUAACCUCUCUAGACGUAUAUAGUUAGCUCUAGAAUGCAACGACGAAGAGGAACAUUCUUUUUUUUUCCUAAGAACUGAUUUGGCGUAGCCGUCAAGGAUUUGAGCUCAAAUGCAACUUAGAAGGAUGUGCGUAAUGAGAAGAAAGCAGAAUAACUAGACUCGCACUGAGAAACACAAAACAAUACAUCACUUGGCUUCUAGUUUCAUUACUGUGGUGUUUCUUGUAACUUUCAUUUUAGGUUCAAAACCAAAGUUUAAAAUGGCCGUAAUUUUUUUCA